AAUUUUUCUGAUAAUGGGUCAUCUUCAGAUGAAACUAAAAAGUGCCAAGUGCCAACUAAGAGGGUUGCCUUGCACCUCUUGACCAUUUCCUGUCUUCCAUAACUUCCCUUAUACUGUUUCUGAAAACCUUUUUUUUUUUUUUUUUCAUCACCUACCACUGAUAACUCCACCCUUCCUUACCUUCUAGUAGCAUUUCUCGAAACAUUUCUAAGCCAGUUGAUAUCAUUAGCAUUUUGCAAUUUUAUGCAUCUUUACUCCUCCCUGCAAGAACAGCAGCCCCUUUGUUGUUGGGUCAGCUGUCAUUAAGGUGAAGAAGGUGGUGGUGGUGUCAGAACCACUUUUUAUGCACCUCUGCUCAGGCUUUGUGUCAAAUCGAUCAAUGCUGUAAAAACCCACUUUGGGAAUUUGAUCAAGACUUGAUUUUUACCAGUUGGUGUUCCUGUGAGGCAAGAUUAUUUCAUUUAUUUGGGUGUUUUGGACAUUGGGUUUUGUUAGGCUUGCUUGGUUUGAGAUCUGUGAUUGAAUUGGGCUUCCUUUCAUUGUCUGAGCAAGGGAUAUGGUGGUGGAGUUUCAGAGAUCUGAGGUUUAAAGAUUGCAGAUUGAGUCUUUCUGGAAGGUCUUUUGACAUCCAAGAAGAUGGGUUCUAAUCUGAAUGAGGGUAUGUCCAAAGAAACUGCUGUUUUUGGGCUCAAGGUGUGGGAGCUGAUUGGGAUUAUUGUUGUCUUUUUGAUAGUAUUCAUCCUCUUAUCAGUAACUUUUUAUCUCACGUUGCGGAAGAAAUCAAUGCGGGCGAAAGAAAGCCUCCCCCUUUGUCAAAUUCCGAAAGUUUCAAAGGAAAUUAAGGAGGUUCAGGUGGAUCAAGUGUCGAAAAAUGAAGAUGGGAAUUUCCCUACUGUUCAAGAUAAAUCCACUGAGAAAGAAUCUGAUGGGGAAUGGAAAACAAAGAAUGGCGAUAAUAACGGUCAAUCGGAUUCGUUUCAUCUUGUUGACAAGGAGUAUCACGGGUCACAUUCACGAGAAGAAAGGAAUUCAGCCAAAUUUGCGGUUCAUCACAAAUACUCCUCGCAUCCGAUAGCUGCUCCAUCUCCUCUAACCGGCCUGCCCGAGGUUUCUCACUUGGGUUGGGGUCACUGGUUUACGUUAAGAGAUCUUGAACUUGCGACCAACCGGUUUUCAAAGGAGAAUGUUCUUGGUGAGGGUGGAUAUUCUGUUGUUUAUCGUGGCCAAUUGAUCAAUGGGGCUGAAGUAGCUAUCAAGAAGCUCCUCAACAACCUAGGCCAGGCAGAGAAAGAAUUUAGAGUGGAAGUCGAAGCCAUUGGCCAUGUGCGACAUAAACACUUAGUUCGCCUUUUGGGAUACUGCAUUGAAGGAACUCAUAGGAUUCUGGUCUAUGAGUAUGUAAACAAUGGAAACUUAGAGCAAUGGCUUCAUGGAGCUAUGCAGCAACACGGAUAUCUUACAUGGGAAGCGAGGAUGAAGGUUCUCCUUGGCACAGCUAAGGCUCUUGCGUACUUGCACGAGAACAUCGAGCCAAAGGUGGUUCAUCGGGACAUCAAAUCAAGCAAUAUUCUAAUAGACGACGAGUUCAACGCUAAGGUCUCGGACUUUGGUCUUGCUAAGCUGCUGGGUGCUGGGAAAAGCCACAUCUCGACAAGAGUCAUGGGUACUUUUGGAUAUGUGGCUCCUGAAUAUGCAAAUACGGGGCUCUUGAAUGAAAAGAGUGACGUUUACAGCUUUGGAGUUGUUCUGUUAGAAGCUAUUACCGGAAGAGACCCAGUGGACUACGGCCGUCCUGCUCAAGAGGUGAAUCUCGUUGAUUGGCUGAAAAUGAUGGUUGGAAGCAGGCGCUCCGAGGAAGUUGUUGACCCAAAUAUCGGUUCAAGGCCAUCAACAAGGGCUUUUAAGCGAGCCCUUUUGACUGCUUUGAGAUGCGUUGAUCCAGAUUCUGACAAGAGACCCAAGAUGAGCCAAGUCGUUCGUAUGCUUGAAUCAGAAGAAUAUCCUAUACCAAGAGAGGACCGUAGGCAGCGAAAAAUCCAGGCAGGUGCAGCCGAGAGUGAACCCCAGCGAGAGAACUACGAGACUGACAAGAGCGACAACCCAGAUUCAACAUCGGACAACAAAGGGAAUCUUUAAAGCGUGAGAAAAGAUGUCCACAUUGAAGCAUUUUGAGAUCACGAUCGCCAACCAAGUUCCAUUCUGAAUGUUUGAUCUGCCAUCUACACAGCCUAAAGCUGGGGGGAGGACAUUGAAUUGGUUGAAACCAUAAAAAAUAGAUAGGGUUUUCAUAUAUUCUUCCAUUUUGGAAAAUUCUUGAUUGUAUGCAAAAGAUAGAUAGGAAAAUGAAUGGUGUAUGAAAGUGGUGGCCUUGUGAAGAUGAUAUUUUCAGGAGGGUUGUGUACAGAAAAUACUUGCUUUAUUAGGUACUCAAUAUUGUUUGCCUGAGUUGUCUCUCAUUUCUUCAAUAGUAUAAGAUAAUUUUGUG